AUGAAAGUCACGGUUCAGUCACCUGUUGCAGAGGAUCCCGCUCAACAGAAUGGGAGAUGGAAGAUCGAUCUAGUUGGACUGAGUGCUAGCCUUACGGAGGAUGAUAUCGCUUCCGUCUUUCCUUCAUUUGAAAAGCCUUGUCAGAUUGCUAUCGGAGACCUGAGUUAUGAGAUGGACCCGGAAAUGGACUCGACCUUGGUCAAGUCAAUGCUGUACGAGAAGGGCGAAUUAGAAAAGUGGAACGUUUUUGACAGUUCUACCGCCAAACGGAUCAAAGCCCAAGCAACCUUUGUGGAAGAAUGCCAUGCACAAGUUGCCGCCUCUUCCCUCGAUGGAACAGAGUUACCAUUCAACCACAACGGGAAGCUUUUCGUCCAACUCAUUACUUCCGUGAAAUUCAAGGUAUCAGCCCGCGUUUACGAUGCCGUGAAGAAGACAAUCAAUGCACACAAACCCGAGUGGGAUCGGCAGUUCAUACGUUAUUCCGCCCUCCCUGAGCGCGGGUUUAACCGGAUCCUGAAGAUCGAGGGUGAGGAUCGUCAGCUAGUCGCCCAGGCCAAAAGAGCUUUGGAAAAGGUCAUUACUGGCACUGUUUUGACGAUGGACGGGAAGAAUAUUUGGUACUCUAACCUCAAGAUCGGCAAGAAUGCUUACAAGAAGCUUCAGAAGAUCGAGCGAGACCUUGAGGUCGUUAUCAUUCGCGAUAUACGAGCCUCAAACUUCCGCGCUUUUGGCCCUGAGGAUCGGUUAGCACAAGCUGCUGAAGCCCUGAAGCAACUCAUCGACGAAUUGAAAGCAAGCGACCAUGCCAUCAAAAACUGA